AUGUCACGUACGGGAGUAUUAGUAAUGGGACCAGCAGGAGCUGGUAAAUCAACCUUUUGCAAUUCAAUAAUAGCUCACAUGCAAUCAAUAGGUCGUCGAGCCCACAUAGUCAACUUGGACCCAGCAGCAGAGCCAACUGAAUUUGAAUUCACCAUUGAUAUCCGUGACUUGAUUUCGUUACAAGAUGUAAUGGAAGAAUUAGAUUUGGGACCCAAUGGGGGGCUAAUUUAUUGUUUUGAGUACCUAUUACAGAACCUCGACUGGUUAGAUGAAGAGAUUGGUGACUAUAAUGAUGAAUAUCUCAUAUUUGACAUGCCGGGACAAAUUGAAUUGUACACUCAUAUACCGGUUGUGCCCACCAUUGUUAACCAUUUAAAGCUGAGUCUUAGUUUUAAUUUAUGUGCUUGCUAUUUAUUAGAAUCGCCGUUUAUUAUUGACUCAUCAAAGUUCUUCAGUGGCGCAUUAAGUGCCAUGUCAGCCAUGAUUUUACUUGAAUUACCUCAUAUUAAUAUCUUGUCUAAGAUUGAUUUGAUUAAAGAUGAAGUGUCAAAACGAAAAUUAAAACAAUUUUUAAAUCCAGAUCCAUACUUGUUGGCUAAACAGGAGGAUGAUAUAAAUCCAAAAUUUGCCAAAAUGACCAAGAGUAUAGCCAAUUUAAUUGAUGAUUUUGGCAUGGUACAGUUUUUGCCAUUGGAUUGCUCUAAAGAUAGUAAGAGUGUUGAGAAUAUCUUGAGUUAUAUUGAUGAUGUAACUCAAUGGAGCGAAGCUCAAGAACCUAAGGAACCUCAAGAUGAAGUUGAGAUUCCUGAUGAUGCGUUUUAA